AUGGGCAUAUAUGUGGAACAAUUAGCAGAGCUAGUCGUACGCGAUCCAGCAGAUGUUACAAGGCUACUGGAACAAGGCAACAAAGUGCGGCAAGUGGCUGCCACUCAGAUGAACGAGCGCAGUUCUCGCUCUCAUAGCUGCUUUACUAUCAAAAUAUCGUCCAAACGUUCUCAAGUGAUGGCUGGAGUACGUAAGGAGACGUGUAUGAACGCCAAGAUCAACCUAGUGGAUCUCGCAGGCUCAGAACGUGCCUCCAAGACCGGUGCUACUGGUGAUCGACUCAAGGAAGGUGCUGCAAUUAACAAGAGUUUGAGUGCAUUGGGCAAUGUGAUCAACAUGUUGGCUUCUACCGAUAAAACACGCAAGGGCAAGGCACAUAUUCCAUACCGAGACUCGAAACUUACGCGGUUGUUACAAGAGUCUUUGGGUGGUAACUCGCUCACUGUUAUGAUUGCAGCCAUCUCUCCAGCUGAUUACAACUACGAGGAGAGUUUGAGUACGCUGGUGUAUGCAAACCGAGCCAAGUCAAUUAAGAACGCAACUAAGAAGAACGAAGAUAUCAACGAAAAGAUAAUCCGUGAGUUACGAGAAGAAAUCGAAAAGUUACGACAAAUGGUGGCACGUCCAACGUCGGCUUCGAGUGGCAACCCGGAGAUGAUGGGACAGAUGGAGGAGACUAUUGCCAACCUUGAGCGUGCUAAACAGCAGUCGUGGGAAGAAAAACAACGACUAACUGAGCUUUAUGAACACGAGAGACAGAACUCUCUUGCCAAUGAGAAGAAGAUCCUUGGCUUCAUGCAGACGGUUAAGCAGGAGAAGAUGGAUAUUAUGAAGAAGAUUAAACUCUUGCAACAGAAGAAGGCGCAGUUAUCCAAGGAGAUGCGUCAAGGAGUCCAAGCUUUCCAGCAAAUGAAGACGGAGACUCCGCGCGAGAAACAGCACUUGAUGGAGGAGAUUGAGUCUCGCAAGUCUCUGUUGAUCACUGAUCGCGAUGAGUUGUCGCGUCUUAAGGAGGAGCUGAAGCUUUGUGAAGAGAAAUUGGUGGAGGAAGAGGCUGAAGUAGCUGCCAAGAGCGCGUUAUUGGAGGAAGACGACAAGCUGCUCUGCACUGGACGAGGAGCGUCAGCGCUUUCAGCUAGAAGCUGA